GCUAGCUAAGUCACAGGAAUUUCCGUCACCUCCCCUGGUCCGCCUCCCGACGAGAGUCUGUGUAUUUUGAUUCAUUUAUGUACUGGUCAAUCGAGCUGGUUGGUGCUGAGUGACAUUCCCCGCCCAGAAAUAUGAUCACGUGGCAGUCAACUUUCACCCAGGAUGUCUACUCCCUGACUUCCCCCUAGCAACGGAGUGCGGCGCUUGGUUCUCCUAGCAACCCAGCUCAGCUACCAGGAGCAGGUGGCGGACUGUGCCAGAGACGCUGAGAGCCCGGAGCCGAGAGGCUGCUGAAGGACUUGACGUUUUCACGGAGGAGCCUGCUGGCCGCCCCACACCAGUCAGGGCCUUUAGGCCUCGUGGGGAGAGAAACUCGGGAAGCGUUUCCUAUGUGCGCAGGCCCCAACGAGAACUUUAAGGUCCCACCCCCGGCCUCCGGGCCGGAGAGAGGUCCUGUUGAUGCCAAGUCCUUGUUUCGCUGGACGAUUCAGGAUCUGGUUCUCCGUGAGGAGGUGUAAGGCUCUUGGCUGUUCUCCCUGCCCACAACAACACUACUGUCAGGAAGGAUGAACCGGCUGUAUGACAUGGAGCCCAGAGUGAUGGACGAUGAGAUGCUCAAGUUGGCUGUGGGGAAGCAGGGCCCACGGGAGGAGGCCGGGCAGCUGGCCAAGCAGGAGGGCAUUCUCUUCAAGGACGUCCUGUCCCUGCAGUUGGACUUCCAGAACAUCCUCCGCAUCGACAACCUCUGGCAGUUCGAGAGCCUGCGGAAGCUGCAGCUAGACAACAACAUCAUUGAGAAGAUCGAGGGCCUGGAGAACCUCACGCACCUAGUCUGGCUGGACCUGUCUUUCAACAACAUCGAGGCCAUCGAGGGGCUGGACACGCUGGUCAACCUGGAGGACCUAAGCCUGUUCAACAACCGCAUCAGCAAGAUCGACUCGCUGGACGCGCUGGUCAAGCUGCAGGUGUUGUCACUGGGCAACAACCAUAUUGGGAACAUGAUGAACAUCAUCUACCUGCGGCGGUUCAAGGCCCUGCGCACGCUCAGCCUGUCUGGGAACCCGGUGGCUGAGAACGAGGACUACAAGAUGUUCAUCUGCGCCUACCUCCCCGACCUCGUGUACCUGGACUUCCAGCGCCUCGACGACCACAUGAAAGAGCUGGCGGAGAUGAAGCACCAGUACAGCAUUGACGAGCUGAAGCACCGGGAGAACCUGAUGCAGGCGCAGCUAGAAGACGAGCAGGCCCGGCGGGAGGAGCUGGAGGAACACAAGGUGGCCUUCGUGGAGCAGCUGAACGGCACCUUCCUGUUCGACAGCAUGUACGCUGAGGACGUGGAGGGCAGAAAGCUAUCCAACCUGCCUGGCGUGGGCGAGCUCCUGGAGACCUACAAGGACAAGUUUGUCAUCAUCUGUCUGAACAUCUUCGAGUACGGCCUGAAGCAGCAGGAGAAACGGAAGGCAGAGCUAGAAACCUUCAUGGAGUGUGUGCAGGAGGCCAUUCAGGAAAACCAGGAGCAGGGCAAGCUCAAGAUUGCCAAGUUCGAGGAGAAGCACUUGCUGAGUUUAAACGCCAUCCGAGAGGAGAGUGAACUGAGUAACAUCGAGACAAAGAUAGUGGAGCACAGCGAGGAUAUCACGGCGCUGCUCAACGUGCUCAUGACACUGGAGAUGCAGCUGGUGGAGCAGCUGGAGGAGACUAUAAACAUGUUUGAAAGGAACAUCAUCGACCUGGUGGGACUCUUUGUGGAGAACGUCCAGAGCCUGAUGGCGCAGUGCCGGGACCUGGAGAACCACCACCACGAGAAGCUCCUGGAGAUUGCCAUCAACAUCCUGGAGAAGAUAGUCAAGGGCGAGAUGGACGAGGACCUGCCAGACGACCUGCGCUCGCUCUUCAUUGACAAAGACACGAUAGUUAAUGCAGUUGGGGCCUCGCAUGACAUCCACCUCCUGAAGAUUGACAAUCGCGAGGAUGAGCUGGUGACCAGGGUCAACUCCUGGUGCACACACCUGCUGGACAAGAUUCACAAGGAUGAGAUCAUGAGGAACCGCAAGCGUGUGAAGGAGAUCAACCAGUACAUCGACCACGUGCAGAGCGAGCUGGACAGCUUGGAGUACGGGGACCUCCUGGACUAGGGCUGCCCACCCCCCACAACCACCUUCACAGGAGCAGAGGACAGAGCAGCUAUGCAUGAAGCUAGGGCUGGCAAGUCAGGAAGCAGGAGCCCAGGCAGUUCCUGAAACUCGAACUCAUUAGCAUGAAGGUCCAUCAGACCUGUGGGCUGCCUGCUUUUCAGAAGGAAGUCUUCACAUGUGAACUAUAAAAGGCUUCUUUCAAAUAUUGUUUUCCUUACAAUGGUAUUUGUAUAUAUCCUGUGGUUUAGUAAUUAAGUUGUGUCGGAUUCUUGCAACCCCACGGACUGUACUCUGACAGAUUUCUCUGUCCGUGUCCAUGGGAUUCUCCAGGCAAGAAUACUGGAGUGGGUUGCCAUCUUCUCCUCCAGGGGAUCUUCCCCACCCAGGGAUCGAACCUGCGUCUCUUGCACUGUAGGCAGAUCCUUUACCGACUAAGCCACAAUCCUGUAUCAGUCAAUCGCUUUUUCACACAUUUAUUAAUAAGCCUCCAUCACACACACAAGGCACUGUCCCAGUGGGCAUGAGCUGGCUUCAAAAACAAAACAUUUUCAAGAACAAUCAUAGCUAUGUAAAAUGCAGGAAAAACGUAAUGAAAUGAAAGCAAUUUUUGUAAUUUUCUUUCAUAUAUCACUGAUCUUUCUCAUUGGUUUAGAAACAUUCUUCCUGAAGUUUCUAACAGUACAAAUGAAACACAGGAAGGGGCCACAUGUUCCUGUAAUCUAUUAAUAUUAUGGGUGAGAAAUCUUAAGUGCCACCCAAAGCGGACAACUUCGUACCACAGCAAAAACCUGCAGGCACCCAGCUCCCAUCUCACAUCACUGAACUCCCCAGUGAGACGGGAUCACAUCCUCACGGUGCUCUCGUGGCGUCCAGUUGUCAGGUUUUACCUGAUCCUUCAGUGCACUGGCUCCGCCUCUUACUACAAAACCAGAGGAUGCCGACACAUCAUGGGUGCUCAGGAAAUGU